UAGAGUUUGCAUAGCAUCAAACAUACUUCAAGAUGCGGACCAAAAAAACUCUUCUUUGUAUUAAAAAUGAAACAACGGUUGACAUCAUUAAGACGAGUGUAUCGGGUACAGAUUCCUUCGAUUGGGACAAAGGUGCAGGUCCUCACAGAAAUUUCGUUGGCGUCAAAAUUAAUGCAAAAAAAAGCAUGUUAAGGAGAGAAGAAGUUAAUAGGCAUGCAUCAAAUUGUCCAUUUACCAUGACGUUACACUUCCAAGAUGGCACUAAAGAUAUUUUCAGAAUUAACCAAAAGUUUGCUAUCAAUGAUGCUGAUGCAGGUUUCUCUCACCGGACUAAAUCUCAUGAAAUUUCCUAUUGGCGUGAUGACAUAACGCUUGUUAUCUCCGUAAAACAUACCCAACAACAACUAGAAGAUAUGUUAGCCGAAAAGCUACGCAAAGAUGCAGCCCGACUGCUACAGCAAAAACAGUACGAAGCAACUUUAAAACAACUAGACGAAGCUCUUAGCCAUGCCAAUCAAGCAUCAACCAAGACCAACAUUCAUAACGACCAAGCUAAGGUUUUAUAUCAGUAUGGUUUGAGUCUAAUGACCGAAGGCUUCGAUCUGGAAGCCAAAAACAACGCCCAAGAGGCUGAGAAAAAGUUCAAUGAUGCUAAAGCAAAGUUACAAAGAGCCGAGUCUUUGCACCACGACACCAACCACCAGACGAACAUCAACCUCAUUAAUUUGAAAAUCGAAGCAAAUAAAAUUUUCAACGAAGCUUCGAAGCAGGAGAAGGAAGCUUACGAUUUGUUCACGAUUGCCAGGAAAUCCGGGAUAUUUAAUGAUUACGCUUCGGCCCAAAAUAAAUAUAAAGAGGUGUCAGCUAAGUAUGAAGAAGCGUUGAAGAAAUUUGAAGAAGGGGCCAAGACUAAUUCGAAAUUUGGCGAGUGUGUAAACAUUACCAAAGAAGAAAUUGAAGCAAUAGAGAAAGUGGUUGACGAUAUUGAUAAAGCGCAACUAAGUUAUACUAUGAGUCAGGUUCAGGUCAGUGAUGAUAAAGAAGAAGAGAAUGAAGAAGCCCAACAGGUUAAUACAAAUCUUCAGGAACAAAUCGACGCCUAAAGUACUUAUAGAACGCUUACAGUUUAACAAACUAAUUACAUGUACAUAGUUUCUAAUGCAUCUGUUAAAAUAAUAAAACCUUGUCUAUUCAUAGAAAAUAAAAAUAAUUUGGGCUAA